GUUCCCGUUGUCACGUUUGAGUGCAAGCAAAAACUCCCGCCUAUAAAAACCCCAGAUUCGAUGAACGAAAGGUUCCGAGGGGAAGGUUCAUGACAGGUCAGCAGCCAGGUAUGAGUCUCUCGAGCAUACGACAGCUCAUGCAUUUCCCGGUUGAACCUUCCAAUGGACUGCACUGUCUUGAAGUUUAACCAUUGUGGAAGAAAAAUCUAUAGUUUUGACAAAAAUAUGCGCCAAACAGAGAACACAGGGCGAAAAUGCCCAAUCUGUCAGGAGCAGAUGAGAUUCAGCCUCCUCGAGGCACCUGUUAUAGUUCCAUGUCCAUUUAGUAAUGGACACAAGGUCCGGUGUGCCUUCCUCAUUGGAUCCUCACUGGGACCUGCUUUUCUUAGUGAAUGGCAGGACUCGGAGCUGCAUGUUGGAGUUACUAACUCACAAGGUGUGGUGUACAGCUACACCUCCUCAGGAGUCCAGAGAGAGGAACAGGGCUGGGAGCAGUGCCUCUGUGUGCCGCUGGUGGCCCCCGGGACUAGCGGGGGCAGCCUAGCUGGGAUACUGUGGGACAGUGAGCUGGAACAGUUCUCCCGCUUCCCCACCUGGUCACAACACAGGUUUGAAGAGGAGAGGGAGUUUGGCUCAUGUUGCUAUGGCUUUGCCCUGUCCUUCCUGAACCAGCUGAGGAGGGCAGAGGGCAGAGAGUCAGUCACUAGGGAUGACUUCACACAGCAACAUGUCCUGCCCCACGUUAAGACUGCCUCCAAAUACAUCACAGUCUACCAAGAGAUCCAUCAACAAGGUUUCUACGUAGCUGAUUUAUAAGAUGCUUGUAUUAGUGUAAUUUUCAGAGGGGUUGGGAUAAAGCUGAAGGACCUUCCAUUGGAUCUUGUGUACAAUUGGACAAUAAAGUGAACUUCAAUGAUAUUGUUAAUGCUUAGUUGUUGGUUAGCACAGAUAAAUCCUGAUGCUUUUAAUAAAACAUUUAAAAAGCCGAUACCAUUAUGUUAGAAAAUGUGUGUAGCAAAUCUGAGUAGGUUGAUGUGUAUGAUAUUGGAUAUGAUAUAGUGAGUGUGUAUGAUGUCUGUAUAAGAGUAAAAUAAAUAAAUGCCA